CCCGCAGGCGCGGUCAGCUCCAGAGCCCCGAACGCCCAUAUCCGGGUUCCCUCCGCCGCCGCCGCCGCCGCCGCCGCCGCCUCGCUCUUUCAGCCCUGUCAGGAGUGGUGUGAUUCCCGACCAAGAUGGCGGCCGUGGGGCGAGUCGGCUCGUUCGGUUCAUCUCCACCCGGGUUAGCCUCGACUUACGCCAGCGGGCCUCUGGCCAACGAGCUGGCGUCGGGCAGCAGCGGCCCCGCGGCGGGCGACGACGAGGACGGACAGAACCUCUGGUCCUGCAUCCUCAGCGAGGUGUCCACGCGCUCGCGCUCCAAGCUCCCGACCGGGAAGAACGUGCUGCUGCUGGGUGAAGAUGGAGCUGGAAAAACAAGCUUAAUAAGAAAAAUUCAGGGAAUAGAGGAGUACAAGAAAGGAAGAGGCCUGGAGUAUUUGUAUUUAAACGUGCAUGAUGAAGACAGGGAUGAUCAAACGAGAUGUAAUGUAUGGAUCUUGGAUGGAGACCUGUAUCACAAAGGGCUACUCAAGUUCUCCCUGGAUGCUCUUUCUCUGAAGGACACUCUGGUUAUACUGGUCGUUGAUAUGUCAAAGCCUUGGACUGCUUUGGAUUCCUUACAGAAAUGGGCAAGUGUGGUGAGAGAGCACGUUGACAAGCUGAAAAUACCCCCUGAGGAGAUGAAAGAAAUGGAGCAGAAGUUGAUUAGAGACUUCCAAGAGUAUGUGGAGCCAGGAGAAGACUUCCCAGCUUCCCCUCAGCGAAGAGCCACAGCUGCACAGGAGGACAGAGAUGACAGCGUUGUCCUCCCCCUGGGUGCAGACACACUCACACACAACCUGGGUCUCCCAGUACUCGUGGUUUGCACAAAGUGUGAUGCCAUUAGUGUAUUGGAGAAAGAGCAUGACUACAGAGAUGAACACUUUGAUUUUAUCCAGUCACACAUCCGCAAGUUCUGUUUACAGUAUGGUGCAGCGCUUAUUUACACUUCAGUAAAAGAGAACAAGAACAUAGACUUAGUUUAUAAAUACAUCGUCCAGAAGCUGUAUGGGUUCCCCUACAAGAUCCCUGCGGUGGUGGUGGAAAAGGAUGCAGUGUUUAUUCCAGCAGGGUGGGAUAAUGAUAAGAAAAUAGGAAUAUUACAUGAAAAUUUUCAAACUUUGAAAAUAGAAGAUAAUUUUGAAGAUAUCAUAACCAAACCUCCUGUCCGAAAGUUUGUGCAUGAAAAGGAGAUCAUGGCAGAAGAUGACCAAGUGUUUCUUAUGAAGUUACAGUCCCUUUUAGCAAAGCAACCACCAACUGCAGCUGGAAGGCCUGUGGAUGCCUCACCAAGAGUCCCUGGAGGCUCCCCUCGAACACCAAACAGAUCUGUGUCAUCCAAUGUUGCCAGUGUGUCCCCCAUCCCUGCAGGAUCAAAAAAAAUUGAUCCGAACAUGAAAGCUGGAGCAACGAGCGAAGGUGUCCUGGCCAACUUCUUCAACAGUCUGUUGAGUAAGAAGACUGGCUCCCCUGGAGGCCCCGGGGUCGGGGGCAGUCCUGGAGGAGGGGCUGCAGGGGGAAGCACCGGCUUGCCACCCUCCGCCAAAAAGUCAGGCCAGAAGCCUGUGCUCUCAGACGUUCACGCAGAGCUAGACAGAAUCACACGGAAACCUGCUUCCGUUUCUCCUACGACACCUACGUCUCCUACGGAAGGAGAAGCCUCCUGAAGAUACCAAACAAAGCCAUUUGUUCGUUCUUCUGGGUAACGUCAGCUUGCCUCUGCCUUUUUCCUCCAAGUUGGAAUUAGGGGACUGGAAGCUUUUACAGACAAAGUUUAUGUCCCUUUUUUUUUCCCCUGUGGCUGCCCAUUUUGAAAAGAGGAGCGACACAGAAGAAAGACAAUUUUACAUUAUGUAGAAUAAUUGUUUGCAUUGCUGUUCUGCAAAAGGAAGUAAUUUUGGAUUUUGAAAAAAAACAA